AUGGCCUACUCCUUCUUCGAAAUGACCCUCCGUCGCCGCGAUCUCGACCAGUGGGAAGGCACCCGACAAGAAAUGCACCUGAUCCACAUCACGCUACCACAAGAGACAACACCAGUCCACUUCUACUCUCCGCCUGCACCUUCAUGCCUCGAGACCUGGUCCUACCACCUCGACGACCCAACGCUACAAGGCCUCGAAGACCACCUGCUCCGCCAACUGGCAGUCGCACAGACACGCCAAGUCAAGCUAUGUCUCUGGUCACAGUCAUGGGACAAGACGCUUGAAGCCUGGCAAUCUUUUAGCCUAAGCAAGCAGUUCGCUAUCAUGGUCGAUGGGAAGGACUUUGCCAAUUCGGACGAUCUCGCUGCGGCUGCGGCGGAGGUUGCGGUACAUGGUGAAUGCGGCGUGCCCUACUUCGAGCCGCCGAGGACUUCGGAGGAGCAGUAUUGGCAUAUGGGAUGGUGCUAUGACCGGAUCAAUCUGUUGAUUGAGUGGUGUCAGUACCACGAGAAGACUUUUCGGAUGGCAGCGCCUGCUCUGAGGAAGUUCCGGACCGCGGAGGAGUUGCGUGCUUUGUUGCCGAGGCGGUUUGGACGCUGGACUUGGUCGCAGAUUCGGAUGGUGCAGCUGCUUAUGCCGUGCGAGAAGGAUGCUGAGGUGGUUAAUGCUAUUACUGCGUUAUUCCAGCCGAUUAUCCCGGGAAAUAUGCCGACUUGCACUGCUCCGCCGGCGUUCGCGCUGCAGUGCGUGGACUCGGCAUGGAUGCGCGAUCAGGGAAGGCGACUGGAGUGUCAAGAACGAUAUGUGGAGCUCAGAGAAGCAUGGCGGGUGCGGGCUCUAGAGGAUGAGGAGCAUGAGCGACGAAUGGAGCAGUUUCGGAGGGAGAUCGAACGGGACCUGUUCUGUGAGGAUGACGAGCGGAACACCCUGGCUGGGUGCGCCCGGGUGACGGUGAAGGACACGACCAGCGAGGAGGGGAAGCUGUUCGAGUGGAAUCCGUGUGCCAGUGUGUGGCGUCCUGUCAACGUACAUUGA